AUGGCUACUAUUUCUUCAAACAUAAAACCCCAUAGUCAUGGCCGAUCCAUCAGCUUACCUUCUACAUUAUUAGACCAGCACCACGUAUUCAAUGAAUUAUACAGAUCUCACACUUCUCAAGAUGCCACCACAUCGUGUUCAUCAUCAUCACUGAUAGGCGAGAAGCUAAAUUGUCUGAAUGAUAUGUAUGAAUCCAUUCAGCCGUUCCUUACACUGCCAUCAACUCAACAUUCUUUAUCACACGGAUGCCUAAAAGAGCAGCUGAACAAAUUUUUGGACGAACUUAUUGGGCUUUUGGAUCUGUGUAGCACAACCAAGGAUGCCUUAUCUACAUCUACGGACUAUGCCAAAGAUCUCCAGUCAGUUCUACGGCGUAAAAGAGGCGAUGUCCAUGGGUUAACUUCUUCAGUCAAGGACUAUCUAUCGAACAGGAGAAAAGUAAAGAAGGCUGUUUAUAAAGCAUUGUUAGGUUUGCAGAAGCAUUAUGGUUCUUCAGUAAAAGGCCACAGUAAAACAUCAAACGUCAACAUAUUGAAGGAAAUCAGAUCAAACACUUUGGCAGUGUUUGAGUCCUUGUUGGCGUUUAUUCUUGGAUCAUACACACCGUCAAGGCAAAAAGGCUGGUUUUUAGUCUCGAAAAUGCAUCAUAUAGGCAGCAAGCGUGUGCAGUGUGUUCAAACAGUAAAAGAAAGUGUAGUUCAGAAGGUACACGAUGACCUACACACCUUAAUCAGAAACAAGAACAUAAAAUCAGACAGACUAGUUCUUGAGAGUAUAAAAAAAGGGCUAGCAGAAAUGGAAUUCAGCCUCGGAGAUCUAAUUGACCAAUUAGAAGGCCUUUGCAGAUGCUUGAUCAAAACUAGAGUGUCAAUUCUAAAUAUCAUCAACUGUUAG